CACUUUCAAACACGGAUAACAUUUUAUUUAACGUUGCACGUAUUAAAAAGUGUUUCAAUCCUCUGGAAAACUCACCAGGGCAGUAAAGAUUGGAAGUAGCAUUCAAAAUGUUGAUCUCAUUCUCAUCGCUGAUCUUUCUGAUUUACUGCGCUUACUUUAGCCAAGAGAGAGAGAUGAGCUUACAGGAAGGAAUAACUGCAGGAUUAGAAACCCUCAGUGAUGAAAACAACUCCAGCACCAAGCGGGCAGCUUGUGAGGAUCUAAACAGCUACUGUAACAUCUACAAGCCUUACUGUAAACACAUAGAAUAUGUAGACUUUGUCAAAGUCAACUGUAAGAAGACCUGUGACCUCUGUCCGAAAGCAUGCUUAGACCGUGUUUCCUACUGUCACGUGAUCAAGAACCGAUGCACGGACCCUGUUAUUGGAGGCUCAGUGAGGCGCUUUUGUGCAAAAACCUGUGGGGUGUGCGUAGUCACACCACCAACUAUACCACCAACAACGAUUCCUCGUACAGAACAGCCUAUUGACCAGGGGAGCGUGGAAUGUGGCAGGAAAGCGGUCGGUAGCAGAAUUGUGGGGGGUACAAACGCACGGCCAGGGGCUUGGCCAUGGCAGGUGACAAUGGACUAUAAGGGACAUUCUGGUCCUCACUGGUGCGGUGGCUCAAUAGUGACCCCGCAUUAUAUCCUUACAGCUGCUCAUUGCUUUGGUUCGGGCGAUGACCCCAAGGAUUACAGCAUUGUUGCAGGUGAACAUGAUCUUAACACAGUGGACGGAUUUGAACAAAAUACGACAAUACAGGAGAUCAUCAUACAUCCUAAAUACAACAGGAUUGCGAAUCACGACUACGAUGUGGCACUGGUCAAACUAAAAAACCCCAUAAGGUACAACAAUCACGUACGACCCGUGUGCCUGGCUAAAUCAGACUUUGACUCCGGAACAAAUUGUUAUGUAACUGGAUGGGGUUACACUUCCGAGGAUGGAAGCAUUGCACAGAUUUUGCAGCAAGCAAUAGUACCCCUUGUGUCACGUGAAAAAUGUCAAGAAGGAUACAACGACUUGGGAUACAAAAUAUCAACGCGCAUGCGUUGUGCAGGCUACAGUGAGGGAAAAAUUGACGCAUGCCAAGGAGACAGUGGUGGACCACUGGUGUGCGUAAGGAACGACAAGUGGUAUCUUAUGGGUGUCAUCAGCUGGGGACAAGGAUGCGCGCGCAAAGGAAGAUAUGGAGUGUACGCUGACAUGAUGGAUCUCAAGUUCUGGGUCCAACAAACCAUUAAUAAAGGAUAUCAAAGUAAAAUAUGAACAGGAAAUAUUGUUUUCCUUUGAUUUCAAAACAUCGUGAAUAAAAAUAUCUAAA